AUGCUGGAUGGGCUUCACCAAUGGACCACGGAUGCGAGGCGACAGCACUCAGGCACUGCGAAAGACGUCCCAUUAUCGAGAAUCAUCCUCGAGAACUUAAACGGAACCAUUCGAGACGGCGUCGCCGGCCAGAUUCUUUGCGUCCUGCUCCUCGAGGUCCCAUUCCGGGUCUCUGCAGUGGCCGACCAGUUCACAAAAGUGGCGGGUCAUCCUGCAUCCAUCAUUGGCAGAUGCGGCCCUGGCGGCCUCCUCGCAGCUGAAAUCAUCCCCAACCGGUCAGAUCAGCCAUGGCGUUGGCCGGGGGUUGUGAGCUGA